AUGGAAAAUAUAACUGUAGAAGAACCUAGUUCAGGAAGCUCUUGUGACUUCGCCCGUUGCUGGACUGUAGCCUUGCAAGUGACUCUUCUUGGGCUUAUUUCGGCUGUGGGAACAUUCAGCAACUCGCUGGUCAUUUUAGCCAUCUUUCUUUACGAUGAUUUACGGACCAAAGCGAAAUCCUUUGUGUGCAAUUUAGCCGUUGCCGAUUUAAUUCUCUGUCUUUUCGUCAUUCCUCUGAGAACAAUGAUGAUGUUCGCCCGCCAACCGUUCGGCCUGUGUCACGUGACCGUCGUGGCGCAGGCGACCUUCGUCUACACAUCCAUCAACACGCUGGCUGCAAUUUCCUACAACCGCUUUGUGCUGACGAUGAAGACCCGAUCGCAGUACGAGAACACGUUCACCAAACGCAACGUCUUUCUGAUUCUGUCCACCGUUUGGUGCCUCGCGUUCGGCGCCUCUUUCAUGGCCGUCAUGUGGACCGGCGCUCUGAACGUAACUUACGACAACAAGACGCGAGCAUGUGUCUUCCUGCGGGGAAACGCCACCAUUUCCGCCUUGCUCAUGGUACCGCUGUCAUUACUCUUCUCGCCUCUGCUCCUCACGCUCUAUUUCUACGCGCGCAUUUUUUAUUACGCCAGACACUCCGCUGUCUCCGUGACUGGCCACCGGCCAGACGACAUUAGUUUCACUUACAAAUUAUGCUGCAUUACCAUCCUGUUCGGCAUUCUUAACUUUCCCGCCUGUAUACUUGCGGUUGUCCAAGUGUUCAGCAGUCCAGACGCUAACGAAGUUUUGAUUAGAUUCUCCAUUAUUAUUCAGCUCCUCAAUUCUGCUGUCAACCCCGUCAUUUAUGGGUGGAAGGUCCCCAAAUUCAGAAACGCUUUCAUUCGUAUGCUGCGCCUGAACGCCUGUUGUAAUCGAGCCGCAGUGCAACCAAUCAACCACUGA